GGUGGGGUUUGCCUUGGCGAGGGCGGGGCUCCGAGGAAGGCCGAGCACGGUGCGGGGACGGGACAGGAGGGCAAGGAGCAGGUCGAGUUUGGAGCGAGCGCCUGGAGCGCGCGGGAGCAACCGGUGGGAAGUGUUUGGCUGCGCCGAAGCUCGGAAACUUUGCCAGUCCUUUGCCGCCGCCUUUACUUUGGUGCGGUUCCGAUGAGGACAUACUGCAUUUCUGUGUUGAUGAUGAAUUGACCUCAGUUCUGGGUUAUGGAUGAACAAAAUGAAAUAGACUUUUCCAAUAACAACAUUACACCAUUGUGGAAGAGAAGAUCAGUGCAUCGUGGGCAUUUGCAUACAAAGAACAAACCUAGACCACAGUCCUAUCAAAGUUCCACUGGGGUCCUCUUCACAGAUUUUCCUGUGGAAGAUAAAGAUACAUUCCCUUUAAUGCAGCGUGAUGAAACAAUUCCUUCUCCGGACAGCAGCUCUAUUCAAAGAGGUCCCUUGCUUUUGACCUGUAAAAGUGUACCAAAUGGAAAGGUUCAGUUUCCAGAACAUAGAAUCUUAUCUUCAACACUUUCUGAUCAGUCCCCACAAAUCUUGAAAAUGGUUUCAAAUAAUUCUAUAAACUUUUCAUCUACUGGUUGUAUAGAUUCAGCAAGCAGUAAAUCAACUUACACAAGGAAGGCUUCUAAUCAAGCAUCACUUAGUCCUGAGAAGGAACAUAUUGUUUUCACAUCAAGCCUUGGAGUGUUGCCACCUGAAGUUGUACAUUCGCCAAAUAAUAACACAACCAUUGCCUUAGCAUUACAAUCCAGCCAACUUCCUAAAAACCUUGAAAAUGAACCUGUUCGCCUGCAUGCUCCCUCAGACAUUCUGCAUUUGCCUCUGCAAAGAAUGCCAUCAAAUCAGAAUGACCAAUCAGAUAGGUCAUCUGUGACUCUGAGCACAAAUAGUCUUGCUGCAUUAAAAGUGGGGAAACAGCAGAUCAUCCCCAAGAGCUUAGCUUCUGAAACAAGAAUAAUUGGCAAAGCUAAUGGUCAGAAUUCAGAGCCAAACAGCAGGGUACUUAAGGUACGCAGCAUGGUGGAGACUCUUGACGCACCUUUAGUAGCCAGUGAAGAUGAUGAAGCAGAAGGGGAUGUGGAAAGCCCAGGGAUGCUAAAGCGUAGCUUGAGGUCUACUUCAUACCGACGAGCUGUUGUGAGUGGUAUUGACUUUGAUGGUAUUGCCAAUAUUAAAAUGAAAAGCAAACUGUCUCAGCCAGUGCUGAAGGCAGUCAUAGAAGAUAAAGAGAAAUUCUCUAGUUUAGGAAGAAUAAAGAAGAAAAUGCUAAAAGGACAAGGGACGUUUGAUGGACAAGAAAAUGCAGUGUUGUAUCAGAAUUAUAAAGAAAAAGCUUUGGAUAUAGAUUCCGAUGAAGACGUAGAAUCAAAAGAACAAAAGUCAGAUGAAAAAAUAGUUAUUCAAUACAAACCUCUAAGAUCAACAUGGAGCCAACUGUCUGUAGUAAAGAGGAAUGGCUUAUCUCAGACCAUCAGCCAAGAAGAAAGAAAAAGGCAAGAGGCUAUGUUUGAAGUAAUCUCUUCAGAACAUUCAUAUCUGCUCAGUCUAGAAAUUCUGAUUCGGAUGUUUAAGAAUUCCAAAGAGCUGAGUUCUACAAUGACAAAGACAGAAAGCCAUCAUCUUUUCUCCAACAUUGCAGAUGUCUGUGAAGCAAGCAAGAAGUUUUUCACAGAGCUUGAAGAAAGGCAUCGGAGUAACAUUUUCAUAGAUGAUAUCAGUGAUAUUGUAGAAAAGCAUACUACAUCGACUUUUGACCCUUAUAUAAAGUAUUGCACAAAUGAAGUCUAUCAACAGCGGACGCUUCAGAAACUGUUAGCUACUAACCCAUCCUUCAAGGAAGUAUUAUCGCGGAUUGAAACUCAAGAAGAAUGUAGGAAUUUACCAAUGAUAUCCUUCCUCAUUCUCCCAAUGCAAAGGGUUACCCGGCUUCCACUGCUGAUGGAUACAAUUUGCCAGAAAACACAGAAAGAUUUGCCAAAAUACGAAGUUUGCAAAAGGGCUUUAAAAGCAGUAAGCAAGUUGGUUCGUCUGUGCAAUGAAGGUGCUCGAAAAAUGGAAAGGACAGAAAUGAUGUAUACCAUCAACUCCCAGUUGGAAUUUAAAAUCAAGCCCUUUCCACUGGUUUCUUCUUCGCGGUGGUUAGUGAAACGGGGUGAAUUGGCAGCAUUUGUUGAAGACACUGGACUUUUUUCUAAAAGGACUUCAAAGCAACAAGUAUACUUCUUCCUCUUUAAUGAUGUCCUCAUUAUCACUAAAAAGAAAAGUGAUGAGAACUACAAUGUUACAGAUUACUCUUUAAGGGACCAGUUACUAGUUGAGCAAUGUGACAAUGAAGAACAGAAUUCCUCUCCAGUAAAAAGCAGCACACCGAUGCUUUACUCUCGGCAGAGUUCUACCAAUCACCUCUUCAGAUUAACUGCCCUGAGUAACCAUGCAGGAGAGAAGAUUGAACUGCUUUUGGGAACUGAAACUCAGAAUGAGAGAGCUCGCUGGAUUACUGCACUUGGACAAAGCAAUGAUAGAAGAACCAAGGACAGGACAACAUUGACUCAGGUAGAAGUUAUCAGGUCAUACACUGCCAAGCAACCUGAUGAAUUAUCCCUCCAGGCUGCUGAUGUAGUUCUUGUUGAUCAAAAAGUCCAAGAUGGUUGGUAUGAAGGAGAGCGAUUGCGUGAUGGAGAAAGAGGCUGGUUUCCAAUGGAAUGUGCCAAGGAGAUCACAUGUCAAGCCACAAUUGACAAAAACAUGGAAAGAAUGGGACGUUUGCUAGGCCUAGAAACUAAUGUAUAAAGUUCUCUAUAACACAGAGACUCUAGAAUUUGCACUAAAGUCAAUGGCAUUUUGGUCCCUUCCAUUUUAUGUUGGUAGCUAAUCAGAUAUAUGAAAAUAGAUUUUUAAGAAUGGAAGAAAUUAACCCAAUUGAAAAAUAAGGGUUCUGCUGAAUCAAUUUCUUCACAAUAAACUUUGUUUUUAAAUUUUUCUAUAAAUAAAUGUUGAUUUAAUAGCAUAUGUUGAUAGCAUUCCUAUUUACAGUAUUUACAAAAUAUUGCUGUAACUUAUAUCUAAUACACCUUUGUUCUAAAAACUAGUUCUGUAGUCCAUUCAUUUCACCUUCUAUUUUAAUUUAAUAAACAGUUUUAAUUGCUUUCACUCCCACAAUCAACAUUUUGAAUUGGAUGAAGCUUCUGUUUUGUGUGCAGUUGCUGUGGUGCACAUGAUGGAGCUACCUGUUUGUAUAUUUUGAAGUAAAGAAAGGCUGUUGAGUCCCAUGAACAUUGACUAUCACCCUUCCAACUGAUUUCGGUUGAACUGAAACACAAUUGAUUUCAUAGCAUAUACUGUGAUACUAGUCAGGGACAUAUGAUGAAUGAAGACACAGAGACUACCAUGGCAAAGAGCAAGGAAUGGUUCUGAUUCUACUUAUCCAGUCUCCAGAUAAGAAGAUGGGAAAUUGCCCACAUGUUUUCAGGAUGUUGCUUCUCAUGAGACUUCAAGACAGCAGCCUUUGCAGAUUUGAGUGCCAUCUUGCUCGGAACUAUGAUGGAACCUUUUAAAAGACACUUAAGUUCACAAACCUUACUUUCUAAUUAUUUUUGCAAAUUACCUAUUAGCCUUCUUAAAUCUAUUAGAGACUUUUGGAACAACAAGAUUGAAAAGUCUUCAUUGGGCAAAUUUAUACUCAACUCUGAACAAAUUACAAGUCUUAAUUACAAACUUAAGGAUUCAAAAGAAUUUGAAAUGAAACAGCAAAAGGCUAAGUAACAUUUUAGUCUAAGAAAGUUAUAAAUGGAUUAAAGACCAGUCAACUUGGAGUAUUUAUUUUUACUAUGAAAUUUUGGAAUUAAUUAUAAAAAAACUUAGGGGAAAUAAACUUGACUAUCAUGGAAAUUUCAUGUGAUAACAAGUUUUAGAAAUUGGUUAGUGCAGGAAACUAAAGAUUUUAAGCAAAAAGAAAAAAAUAAAAAACAUUGGAAAUAUUAAAGAUUGUUAAAGAAUGGAGCCAGAUGUUAGAAACUACAAUAUCAAUGGUGUCAGUAAUGAUGUCUGUUUCUGUGGACAGGCAGUGUUGAAAAGAGGUUAAUGAAGGAAUGAUAGGUAUGUGGAUCUAUAGAUGACAGGUUAAGAGAAUGAUUUGGAAAUACAAAAGAAACCGGCUGAAGUUUUAAAAAGGAAAAGUUAAUACAAAUGAUAACCCAAAAGAAUGAUUAAUUCAAUCUAUAAAAAAAGAUUGUUAAUGCCUUGAAGAAAUCCUGACAUGGAAAAAGAAUUGAAAUCAAAUCCUACAACCAUAAUUGAUUGAAUGAAAGGUAAAGACUAGUAGAAUUAAAAGGAAAAAAAAUAUAAAGUUGCUUAAUUUGAUCAAAUAAGAUUUUUUUUAAAAAUGCAAUUAACUGGCAACCCCCUGUAGAUUUUUUUUUACCAGCACCAGGAUUGAAAAGUUGGCAUUUUAUGGAUUUGUUUAGAAAUAAGGAAUGGAAUGAAGAUAUAAUCUGCUUCAUCUUACAGAUGAAGAGAUAUUACAUUUGUUUAUAUUUAUGAUAAAAGUUGGAA